AUGUUACACGUUAUUCGUAGUUUGUCCAACAAUAACAGUUGUGGAACAGGCAUUGGCUGUCCUGCGGCUAUGGCAGUGGACCUUGAGAUACGUGUGUUGUUUGCUGUUCUCUGUGCCUUCAUGCUGCACGUGAUCGGGGCACAGGACGUGCCGACGCGUCGCCUCUGCGGCGGAUAUGACGUGAGAGUCCACACACGGCCAAUGGAUUACCGCACUGCAAUUGACAAGUGCCAACAGCUGGACUCGAGGCUCCUCCGGAAGAAGGAGCACAAGCAACUGAUCACGGCCACGUGCUACAGGCAAUUAAUACAACCGCUUCUAGAUGACUCGAUGGACAUGAUGUGGUUAACACAAGGUAGCAAUUAUGCCUACAACAUACGUACGUCAAGUGUUGCCAUGGUGCCCAUGGACGAAUUUCUGCCCUUCAUCUGUGAGAAAGACUGGGACGAGUGCGCUAGUGCGGUGGCUACUGGCACUGACAUAUGCCCGAAGGGGUAUAGCUGUGAGAAUACCGCCGGCAAUUACACCUGCGUAUUAGCUCCUCCUACUGUGCAAUCAUCCUCUGAACGCAACCUGCGGCUGAGAUUUGGCGAAACUGCCCGGUUUUCCGUGUCGCUAUUCGUCACACCAGAACUUUUCUGGAGACAUAACGGCAAGCCGAUCAACACCAUCAGUGCCAGUAAGCUACAGUUGUCAAGUGACGGCUUGUCAUUGACCAUCAGGAGUUUGGUUGUCUCGGACGCAGGCGUGUACUCGAUAGUCAUGAGGAAUGCUGCAGGGACGGAGCGGUUGAGCUUCAAUCUAACUGUUCUGUCUCCCCCUAUAUUACAGGCUACUUCACCACGUUCUCAAUCCAAAAGAGUAGGCGAUAGCGCACUGCUUUCUGCUAGGCUUGUCAACACUCCAUAUCCACCGGUGACCAUCGUCUGGACGCGUUGGGAUAUCCCAAACAGCCUCACCAGUAGGGCACACAUAUCCAGUGAUGGCUUGGCGUUGAAUAUCAGCAGUUUGCAGUAUGAGGACCAUGGCCGGCACACCAUGACCGUCACCAACACUGAGGGAGAGGACUCUCUCACAUUCCGUGUUCGCAUGGAUAUUCCGUAUCAGCUUUGGCCAACACUCGUGCAUGGUGGCGGAACCUUCACAUAUCCCGUGGGAAUCCAGCGUAACUCCAUCCGGGUGGACACAUGCUCUUUCCCAGCGUCAGCGCCACAGCUUUCAAGCGUAGAUUAUCUGGCUUGGAAAGAACACCGCACACCCCUAGUCCGCACGUUAACGCGCGAAAGCCGGACUUUGCCGUUGAGUUGGCCAGAGGACGGUGCCCUCUCGGCGAGGGAUAGCGGCACCUACAUUUGCACAUGGUCGGCUACGUUUGCACCUUGGAACAGAGCAUUCACCAAUAUUGAAGCAAGCAAUUCGGUGCACUUAAACGUGAUGGCUGCUCCGCAGUUGCUCAACAUAACCAAGACCCAGACGAAGACGUCUCUCAACUUGACGUGCUACGCUAGCGGUCAUACCGUUACCAUACGCAUUGACAGACCUGACUUUACUACGAGCACAAUACCCGAUUCCCUGCUGGCCAGCGACUAUCAAGCGCACGGCUAUCCGGCGGGCAGGUACUCUUGCGACGUGACGAGCCUCGCCAUGUGCAACUCACCUGCCGACCGCAGCAUAUUGGAACUCUGUGACGAUGGUCAUUACGUCCGGCACAUACACGUCCUGCAAUAUGCUGCCCCAAUGGUGGAAACAUUCUCCACAUUGCAUACAAGUAAAGUUGUAGGAGACAACGCAACAUUUAACAUCACCCUGAAAGGCACGCCCUAUCCACAUCCAACUAUUGAAUGGACGCACAACGGAUCUCCAGUCAACACGAGCGCAGACAAUGUGCAAUUCUCCCGGGAUGGUUUGUCAUUGAGAGUGACCAACCUGACGCUCUCUGACAUGGGUGUUUAUAUGGUCUCUGUGAAGAAUGAGGACGGAUCUGCUGACGUCACAUUCUCCAUUGAUAAUCCUGUGCCACCUGUUGUGGACACGUUCUCGGCCUUGAACAACACCAGACUGCUCGGUGAAAAUGUCACGUUCUACGUCACACUGAAACACACACCAUAUCCAGUGCCAGCUAUCGUAUGGACGCACAACGGAUCUCCAGUCAAUACGGAUGUGGACAAGGUGCAGUUGUCCAGUGAUGGUUUGCGAUUGAGAUUGACCGACUUGAUGCCCUCGGACAGCGGCGUUUACACUGUCCUGGUUAAGAACGAUGUCGGAUCUGAAAACAUGACGUUCACCAUGGAUGUUCAAGUUCCUCCAAUACUUGACCAGUCCUCAGUCCUGAACAACACGUGGCCAAUCAAUGGAACCGACUUUCUUUUCGUUCUUCUGAAGCAUUCUCCUAUUCCAGCGCCCACAAUCGUAUGGCAGCACAAUGGAUCCCCCGUCACAGGGGUGAGCGCGGUGACAUCAUCUAGCAAUAGCUCGUCGUUGAUGUUGAAAAAUCUAGCAAUGUCUGACGUCGGAGUGUAUACAGUCACGAUCAGCAACGCUGUGGGAUCAGAGAAAGUGACGUUCUUCUUGGACGUUCAAGUGAUCCCAAGAGUGAGUGCACACUCAUCCUUACACAGAACUGUGCAGCUCGGUAAGCCCGCCAACUUUUCCAUCACCCUGGAGCACGCGCACCGUACAAUGCCGACGAUCGUCUGGUCGCACGUCAGACAUCCAAUCAAUGCCAGCGAUGACAGGGUGCAGUUGUCCAAUGGUGGACUGUCGUUGGAACUGACCAACGUGGUGCCGUCGGACAGAGGAGAGUACGAAGUCUUGGUGCAGAACGGCGCAGGCUAUGAUCACGUAAAAUUCCAGCUGUAUGUUCGAGUUCCUCCAGUUGUGGACACGUUCUCAACGUUGAACAAUACAAGGCUAACCACCACCGGCGACAUCUCAUUCUACGUUACCCUGAAGUACACACCCACACCAGCGCCGACUAUCACAUGGCUGCACGAUGGAGUGCCGAUUGACACCAGUGAAAGCAGGGUACAAUCGCAGGAGGAUAGUUUCUCCUUGCACUUGGCUAAUCUGGCCGUGUCCGACAGUGGAUCGUACACCGUCUUCAUUAACAACACCGUGGGUUCUGAGAAAGUGGUGUUCUUCCUGGAUGUUGAAGUGCCUCCAGAGGUGGGCACAUUCUCAACUUUGGACGUCAGCAAACGGCUUGGCAAACGCGCCACGUUUUCCAUCGCCCUGAACACAACACACCGCACAAUGCCGACUAUUGAAUGGUCGCACAACGGAUCUCCCAUCAACACCAGCGCAGACAGCGUGCAGUUGUCCAAUGGUGGACUGUCGCUGAAACUGCCCAAGCCGACGCCAUCGGACGCGGGAGUUUACACAGUUUUGGUGUGGAACAGUGCAGGGUCUGAUAGGGUGACAUUCACGCUGGAUGUUCGAGUGCCACCUGUCGUGGACACAUUCUCAGCCUUGACCAACACCAGACUGCUCGGUGAAAAUGUGACGUUCUACGUCACACUGAAACACACACCAUAUCCAGUGCCAGCUAUCGUAUGGACGCACAGCGGAUCUCCAGUCAAUACGGAUGUGGACAAGGUGCAGUUGUCCGGUGAUGGUUUGCGAUUGAGAUUGACCGGCUUGAUACCCUCGGACAGCGGCGUUUACACUGUCCUGGUUAGGAACGAUGUCGGAUCUGAAAACGUGACGUUCACCAUGGAUGUUCAAGAAUUGCACUCGGCUGCUGACAUAAGGUUUUCUCUGCAAGUCAUCAAUAACAGCGGAACGGUGACACUGCGGGUGAUCGAAGGUACAUGCUUCCUCAAUGGCCUUCUGAUGUGCGAUGAAGCCGAGUUGCACCAAGGUCAAAUUAUUCUAGUUGGCGAAGGAAAUCUGUUCAGAUUCCAACAUCCUCAAGAAGCUGCACAAAUGAGACAAGACCUACGAGACAGGGGAAUACAACCCACUAGUGGAUUCAGCACACCAGCCAGUAUGAUGUAUGCGCCUAUGUUGGAUGCACACAGGCGACUAUCAAGAGAUGCUGAGAUUCAAAGCAGCCUAGAUGCGUCACCUGUGAACUUUGCCAGACCACAAACACCAGAUGCAGUGACAGACAGCAAGCCUGCGUUCAAUCCUGCAGAAGUGGCAGCCAAACUUGCUCAAGUCCGACAAUACGAUAGUGAUGACAGCAGCUCGAGUCCCUCUAUCUUAUCACCACCUUUCGCAAUUAGCUUAGCUUCUGCGGACCAAGCUGAUGCUCAACAACGCAGGCUCUCCCUUCCCUUGAGUCCGAAAUCAGCAGGUCCCCUAACUCCAUUGUUUGAAGAGUCGUACCCAGAGUCAAUGGUACUCAAAACACCACGUGGGCCCCAAGUUGACACUGUAGCACAUCAUCGCAGCACAGUACGCACACCCUUGUCCUCACCGCCAGCAGUUGUGAAUACUGGUAGUACAGGUGAUUCCACCACAGCUGUGGGCGACACAGCUUUUGGAAUGCAAAGUAUGGUGGAUGCUAAUGUUGUUACACGGAGGCUAGAGCUGGAGCAUUCUGCACAAAUGAAGCAGGCUACACAGCGCUGGGAGGAGGAGAAAGCACAACUGCUCAGUGAAAUUCAACGGUAAGCAUUUAAUAAAAACUCGGUUGUUGAGCCAAUAGUACAUGUAAUGUGUAAAGUGAAAAGGUGUCUGGUCAUCGAAUGUCUCAAUAUCCUUGUCAGUUUUGUGCCUUGCUGUCGCACGAUCUGAUUAUUAUCUCGUAACCUCGGUGGACUGUUUGCCAUAACUAGUAACUUAUAGGUCCUUUUCUCUUUACGUAAGCAUUUUAUGUUACUAUAAGUUUGCUUUGGCUUUCUAACUCUUUCCACGUUAUUGGCAACAGUGAAUUGUUUUGGAGAUAGUGUGCUGCUUCUAGUAACUGGUCUUGUAAUGCAAAAACUCAGAGAGCUGGAAAGUAAUGCCAGGCUGCUGGCAGCACCUGGCUUGUGAGGCGCCGCAAUA